UGGACGCAUGCGCACUCGCAUACCGGCAGCUUGUCUCACAGCAUGGACAACAUGUUACAGUUCAUGAAGCUAGUAGGGCAAUUAAAGCGUGUUCCAAGGACUGGUUGGGUUUACCGGAAAGUUAAGCAACCCGAAAGUGUGUCUGAUCACAUGUACAGGAUGGCGAUGAUGGCAUUAACACUCCAAGACCCCAGUGUAAACAGAGAGAGAUGCAUGAAGCUGGCUUUAGUUCACGACCUGGCAGAGUGCAUUGUGGGAGACAUCGCUCCAGCCGACAACAUCAGCAAAGCCGUGAAACACAGAAGAGAAAAGGAGGCAAUGGUUCGCAUCACAGGCCUUCUAACUGAAGAUCUACGUAAGGAGCUCUACCAGUUGUGGGAGGAGUAUGAGAAUCAGUCGAGUCAUGAGGCUAAAGUGGUGAAGGAGCUGGACCAGCUGGAGAUGAUCCUACAGGCUCAUGAGUACGAGGAGCUGGAGGGGAAUCCGGGCCGACUGCAGGAGUUCUUCACCUCCACUGAAGGCCGUUUUCAUCACCCAGAAGUCGUAGCACUGGUGAAAAGCUUAAACGAGGAAAGAGCACGUCACAUGACAAAAACUGCGUCCGAGAAAACAGCAGAACUGAACUGCCACACAACAACGACAGACUCCUCAUGACCUCACACUUACACAUCCGCAUGUACUGUACAUUAUUUUUACAGUUCAGAUUUUAUUCUCAUCCCUCCAUGAUGCACCAGGAAACAAAAAUAUAAUAUAAAAUAAUAAUAUCCCUGCACUUCUGACCUCCACUCCACUCUCUUUACAACACAAAUAGCUUAACUGUGACUGCACCACCCUGUGUACUUUAUGUACAAGCACACUGAAGUUUAGGGUAAUAUAGUGGACCAUAACACCUGGAUGAUGGACUAGAAUUGCCAUGGUGACCCCCAGCAUCAUCAUUACAACAGGAUCACUGAGAAUCGUGUCCGAGUUACAGUAUUGAGUAUAACCUGUGCAAGUCAUCUUUACUUGCUGCUAGUACUAGUUAUGCCGUUUCCUGUUAAGUUAUUGUUGGUAUUGUUGAUUUUCACACUUGCUGUUUAGUCAUUUUUGUCUGCUUUGCCUUGAAAUAUAAAAAGGUUUCACAAUAUUUCAUUUUACUGUGGCUUUGCUAAUAAAAUGACCAUAAAUAUAUAAUAUAUAAAAAUGUUCAGUCUUC